AUGGAAACUCCUUGGAUAAAUAAAGAACUUAAAUACCUGACUAGGAAAAAGAAAAAUUUGAGAUACAAAAACUGUGCUCGAAAAUGGAAAGAUGCUAAUUUGAGUAAAGAUUAUAAAAUACUAUGUCGGAUUAUAAAAUCCGAAGUAAAGCGUUCUCGAAUGAAUUAUGAACAAGACUUAAUUAAAAAAGCUAAGCAAAAUCCAAAAUUGCUAUAUAAAUAUAUUAACAAUCAGUUAGUGGUAAAAAAUUCAAUAAAAGCUUUACAAAAAGAGGAUGGAUACAUUUCACAAGAUCAAGUUGAAAUCGCUAAUAUUUUAAACAAAUGUUUUCAAGAUGUAUUUGUUAUUGAACCUGAUGGUGCCCUUCCUAAGUUUGAGUCAAGAUUUAGCAAUUAUGCUACAAAUUUUUCUGAUAUAUCUCCAGACGAAAUCAAUUAUAAUGAUGUUUUGAAGAGUCUUAACGAAAAUAAGGCCUUCGGACCUGAUAAACUCCAUCCUGCCAUGCUAAAGAAUGCUUCAGAGGCGUUUGCACUUCCUUUAAUAUUAAUCUUCAGAGAAUCAUCAGUUGGCAAUCAAGCCAACUUCCAGUUUUUAGAUCUGCAAAUACAACUCCUCUUUUCAAAAAAGGUGACAAGGGAGUUGCAGCUAAUUAUAGACCAGUUUCCCUCACGUCAGUUGUGUGCAAAAUACUUGAAGAUUAAAUCGUGCGCAACAAAUCUUUUAGCAACAAUUGAUUUUAUAACGUUAAACAUCAAAAAUCUUACUCCAGUUGAUAUUGUUCUACUAGAGUUUGCAAAGGCCUUUGAUACAGUUCCUCAUAACAGACUGUUACUAAAACUAAGAGCUUAUGGUAUUGAUGGAUUAGUACUGAAAUGGAUUGCAUCUUUUCUCACAAGUAGGAGACAGAGGGUAGUUAAGGGUGACAUUGUCUCUGAUUGGGUUGAAGUAUUUAGUGGUGUGCCACAUGUAAAUUCAGAUUUGUGUGUCAAAGAAAUCCAGAAUAACUUGAAUAAAGCAUUUGAAUGGACUCAAGACUGGUUGCUGAAAUUCAACAUAAGCAAAUGUGUUGUCAUGCAUUAUGGCUCAACUAAUAAAAGUUAUCCACUUUUCAUAAAUGGUAUACAACUUCAUGAUUCUAAGUCUGAACGAGAUCUUGGAAUUAUAUUUUCGACAAAUCUUAAAUGGAAAGAUCAAGUAACUAUGGCAAUUGGAAAAGCAUAUCAAAUGCUGGGGCGAAUAAAGAAAUCGUUUUCUCACUCUAACAAUAUAACUCCUAUUAGUAUAAAUGCACCGACAAAAAAUUUCACUUGUAUUUAA